AUGGCUAGCAACGACUACUACAACCAGCAGGGUGGCAACUACAACCAAAACUAUGGCCCUCCUCAAGGCGGUUAUCCCCAGCACCCCCAAGCUGCCUACGGUCCCCCUCAAGGAGGCUACCAACAGCAGGGCGGCUACUACCCCCAAGGCGGCCAGCAGCCCAUGCAGUACCAGCAACAGCCUCCGGCGCCCAGGCAGAAGAGGCAGGGCGGCGGUAACUGCCUGACGGCCUGUCUCGCCGCGCUGUGCUGUUGCUGCGUCAUUGACGAGACCUGCGAAUGCUGCGCAGAAUGUUGCGAGUGCUGCUUUGACGUUUGCUAA